AUGGAAUGUCGUCCAGGAGCCGGUGACAUCGCUAGCGCGCAGCAGGCCAUUGCGCUGUUCUUUCACGUUUGUCGCAUCCCCCCCCAUGUGGCAGAGCACGAUACGUUCAAGCAUAUGAUAAGGAAAGUGGGGGCUGCCGGUCCCGGUUUCCACCCUCCAGGACGACAACUCAUCAUGGGUCGGCUCCUUCAAGAGUGCAAGACCAAUACCGAAAAGGCCGUGAAGCCGAUCAUGGACUCAUGGAGCGAUGUGGGUGUGUGCAUCGCGAGUGAUGGAUGGACGGACACUCAAGAUCGUCCUCAACUCAAUUUUCUCGCGGUUAACACCUACGGUGCCAUAUUCCUCUUUGGUGUCGACUGCAAGGACGUGAAGAAGACAGGAAGCUUCAUCGCAUCACACUUCCUGAGGGCAAUCGACAUCGUUGGAGCUGAGAACGUUGUUGGCUUGUUGAUGGAUGGUGCAAGCAACAACGUGAGCGCGUCCAACAUCAUCAAGCUGCAGUAUCCCAAGAUUCAGUUUGUUCGAUGUGCUGCUCACUCAUUGAACAACUUAAUGAAGGAUAUCGGCGGCCGUGAGUGGGCAGCAGAGACUAUUACCAAGGGGCAGCAGCUGAUCUCCAUUUUGAAGAAUUCACAUUGGAUUACCGGCCAGUUUCGCGAGCAGAAUUCUCUCGUGCUGCUCAAGCCUGCGGGAACACGCUUCGGGACGAACUUCAUCGCCUUAGAACGCCUACUUAAGGUCCGGGAACUGCUGGAUCGCUUGGUGGCCAGCCAAGCGUGGAAGGACAGAACCAUGGGAAAGGAGAAAUUGGUGUGGGCGCGUGACGUGAUCAGGUGUGAUGAGUUUUGGGAUGGAGUGGUCCGAGUGCUCAAGGUUUUCAAACCAAUCUACGUGCAGCUCAGGGCGGUUGAUGGUACGCAAGAAGUCAUGGGCAAGAUAUAUGACAUGAUGUUCCUUCUAGAGGACUCGGUGCGAGACGCAUGCAAGGAUUUACCGGAAGAGGAGAAAGAAUGGAUUGCUGAAGCGGUGCGAAACAGGUGGAAUAAUUCCAUCAACUGCGCGUUGCACGUUGUUGGGCGCAUUCUUUACCCCCCCAACCAGUUUGAGAACAUUGUUGGCACCGACCGGGAGUGUUCCGACAUUUUCAGAGGCUUCAUCCGGGACUAUUUCAAAGGAGAGUUUGUAGUCGAUGAAGAUGGGGACCGGCACCCCGUUGCAACCAUUGUGGAGAGGGAAAUCAGGGCGUACAUGAAAGGGGAGGGGGAGCUUGGUGAGGAAAAGGCGCGGAUUGAGAAGGACCUCAUCAAGAAAGGGAAGAUGGAUCCGGCUCAAUGGUCCAAUCACGUGCUGCCAUGUCGGCCGCCCGGCACAACAGUGGACAUCAAGAAGUCGUCUCACAAGAAGCUGAGCAAGUGGCUGCAUGCCAAGGCCGUUGAUGGGCUGAUCAGCGGCAAGGAGGACAAGCACCGAAAGGAGUUCAUAAUGUCUGCUAUCAACUACCGCCACCCGACCCUCAUCGCCUUCUUGCCAGACAAGACAAACAAGCCCGCCCAGACCCCUGCUGCUGCAACCCUUGACGCAUCCCCAGCCGCACCUGGAGCACCGACCACCACCACCGCCACCACCACCACAACCACCAGCAGCGGUAGCGGCAGCAGCAGCAGCAGUGGAGGGGGUCUGACAGUAGAGGAGGUAUUCAAACCCACCCACCACGUGUCAGCCAUUUUCGAAGCCGUCGGUCUCGACCCACACGCCUACUACUCCCCCUCGGCUGCCCGCGAGGCUGCUCUCAACUACAUCUCUCUCCACUCCCUCACAAAGCCCUCCGACCCCUCUAUAGUCAUCCUCGAUGCACCGCUCUGCGAUGCACUGUACAAAGGCGCGAUAAAAAAGGGCGCGGCGUACCCCACGGAAUGCCACAAGCGGGACGUGGGUCCCACAUUAGUUCGCCGCAUGCAGGCGCAUCACAGGGUGGAGCGGGCGGGCAAGAGUGUGGUGCGCAAGGGAGGGUUGGUGCCGGUGCAGAUUCUGGUGGAGAGGCGGCAGGGCAACAAGAAGGUGACGCGCGUGUCGGGGCUGGAGGCUUAUCUGGUGGAGGCUGAGCCUCUCGCUGCUGAGCUGCAGAGGAAGUUUGCUUCGAGCACGUCAGUGGCUGAAGUCCCAGGUGCAGGGGGCAACAGGGGUCACAGGCACCGAGUGGCUUAUCUGGUGGAGGCUGACCUGCUCGCUGCUGAGCUGCAGAGGAAUUUCGCUUCGAGCACUUCUGUGGCUGAAGUGCCAGGCAGUUCAGGUGUGUCAGGUGGGCUCUGUUGGUCUGCCAGGCAGUUUAGGUGUGCUGGGUGGGCUUUUGUUGCAACAGGUGGGUGGGUUAUGCUGCAGCAGGUGCAAGAAGGGGCAGCAGGAGGCAAGAAGGGGCAGCAGGAGGUGCUGAUUCAGGGAGGGGUUCUGGAUGAGUUAGCUCGGCUGCUUGUGGACGUGCAUGGCAUUCCCAAGUCCCAUAUAGAGGUACUCGAUAAGACCAGGAGGUGA